AGCUCGUCUGGGAGGAGUGACUCGUUGACUGCGGCGACCGCAAUUUCGGCAACAUGGGAGCCGUUCUUGGAUUUAUUCUAAAGGGAUUUUAAAGAACCGACAGGUGAAAAUGGCAGAGAGGUUGGAGUGGGUGGAGAUCAUCGAGCCGCGCACGCGGGAGCGCAUGUACGCCAACCUGCUGACGGGCGAGUGCGUGUGGGACCCCCCACAGGGCGUCUGCAUCAAGCGGACCGGCGACAACCAGUGGUGGGAGCUGUUUGACCCCAACACCUCGCGCUUCUACUACUACAACGCCUCCACCCAGCGCACUGUAUGGCACCGGCCCCAGGCCUGCGACAUCAUCCCACUGGCCAAGCUGCAGACGCUGAAGCAGCACACCGACGCCACCGACCCCCGUCCCGCAGGCGGAGGAGGCGGGAGGGCGUCGGCGGAGAACAGCCCGGGACGCAACAGCGGGGUGAGCCGCGAGGGCAGCACCUCCUCCUCCCUGGACCAGGAGCUCUCUGAGAAGCAGGGAGGCAGGGACGAGGCGGACAGAACUUCUCCCUUCAGGUGGAACACGGGUACCAAGGAGCGAAUGCUCAUCAAGGUGACGGACAGAGAGCCCAGCUUCUUGGCCCACCAGGGGAACGGUUAUUCCCCCUGCGACCCCCCCACACCCGGGCCUCCCUCCGGAGGGGGCACCACCUCACGCACCCGUCGUUCCUCCGGAGGAAACCCCCCACCGGAACCUGAUGGCUCGCCCGUCCUCUACACCGACCGCCGGCAGUCCCCCUUCCUGAAGCGGGCCGAGCUGGGCGGCACAGGGACCCACCGCCGCUCCUCAGCCGACUCCCAGCCCCCCUCGCCGCGCUACGGCUAUGAACCCCCGCUGUACGAGGAGCCGCCGUCAGAGUACCAGCCCCCUCCCAUCUACGAGGAGCCGCCCACUGACAUGCACCUCUCCGAGGCCUUCUACGGCACUGGCAAGUCACCGGCCCGCAAGUCUUCGGCCCCCCUCUACCACUCCCCCAAGCAGGCGCAGUCGCCCUAUGGCCAGCUGGUUUUGACCCACCAGAAGUGUCCAGAAAAGACGCAGAGUCUGGAGUACAGUCCUGUGGGGAAGGAGUACGUCAAGCAGCUAGUGUACGUUGAGCAGUCCUCUUCCAGCCCCCGCUUCAAGACCGCUGACCGCCUGCUGCGCUACGGCACUACGGGGGGUUAUGGUGGCUCGUAUGGGGGGUCGUAUACUCUGCAGCACAGCCAGUCUCUGAUCAGGGACCCCCGCCUUCUGCUGGACUACAGCGGGGAGAGUGGAGAAGGAGGCCAGAGGUUGCUUUACGAGGACUCCAUCUCCUGGUCGUCCAGUCAGACCCACUCACUCUCCUCUUCCUCCACCGGCGGUCCUGGGGCUUUCUCCCCCGGAGGUAACCGCAAACGCAAGAGCCGCAAGCCGUCCCUCCCCCAGGAGCUGGCGCGCUGCGCUGGGCCGGAGGGGGAGCUGGCGGGCACGGCGUCCGAGGCGAUGCUGGCCGAGGCGAGGCUGGCGUGGGAGGCCCAGCAGGUGAUGAAACAGAGGAGCAGCUGGGACUCGGGGCAGGGCGGCGGGGUCGCGGCCCACGGCGGCGGCUGCAAAGACGGUUACGAGAGUGACGGGGCGCUGCCUCUGCCGUUGCCGGGGCCGGUGGUGAGGGCGUUCAGCGAGGACGAGGCGCUGGCGCAGAGCGACGGCCACCACUGGAAACGCAGCACCUUCGAUCGACUGGGCUUCCCCCAGGCGCUCCUGGAGAAAAGCCUCUCGGUCCAGACCAGCCUGGCCUCCCCUGAGCCUUACCUCCACCCCUCACAGUCGGAGGACCUCGGAGCCUGCGCCCAGUUUGAGGCCAGCCGAAAUGCCAGGAACAUGAUGCCGAGCGCUAGCUGCGGCAUUUUUCCGGAGUUCACCCUGAGAAAGCCCUCCUCGGAGACGGACAUCGAGAACUGGGCGUCCAAGCACUUCAACAAACACACACAGGGUCUGUUCAGACGGAAGGUGUCCAUCGCCAACAUGCUGGCCUGGAGCAGUGAGCCCAUCAAGAAGCCCAUGAUUGUGACCUCGGACCGCAGCGUGAAGAGGGAAGCCGUGGACAUCUUUAAACUCAUUCAGACAUUCAUGGGAGACCGCCGUGCCAAGGUUGACUCCCUCGGCGUUGCUCUGGAGGUGGUGGUGCGCGGAUGGAGCAACCAGGGUCUGCGGGACGAGCUGUACAUCCAGCUGUGUCGCCAGACCACGGAGAACUUCCGCUACGACAGCCUGGAGCGAGGCUGGGAGCUGAUGGCCAUCUGCCUGGCCUUCUUUCCCCCGACGCCCCGCUUCCACACCUACCUGGAGGGCUACAUCUGCCGACACAUGGACCCUCUGAACGACACUAAGGGAGUGGCCAUUAGCAGCUAUGCUAAAUACUGCUACAGGAAACUGACAAAAGCUGCUCUGACUGGUGCCAAGAAGGGCCUGCAGAAGCCCUGUGUGGAGGAGAUCAAGCACGCCAGGAAUGCCAUCUUCAGUCCCUCCAUGUUUGGCUCCUCCCUGGAUGAGGUGAUGGCACUCCAGAAGGAGCGCUACCCUGACAACCAGCUGCCCUGGGUGCAGACCCGCCUCUCCGAGGAGGUCCUGGGUCUCAACGGAGACCAGACUGAAGGCAUCUUCAGGGUACCAGGGGACAUUGAUGAAGUCAAUGCCCUCAAGCUGCAAGUAGAUCAAUGGAAAAUCCCCACUGGACUAGAAGACCCGCACAUCCCAGCGUCUCUGCUGAAGCUCUGGUACAGGGAGCUGGAGGAGCCGCUGAUCCCUCAUGAGUUCUACGAGGAGUGCAUUAGUCACUAUGACAACCCGGAGGCCGCUGUCAACGUGGUGCUGGGCCUGCCGCACAUCAACAAACUGGUGCUGUGCUACCUCAUCCGUUUCCUACAGGUUUUUGCCCAGUCUGCCAAUGUGACCAUCACCAAGAUGGAUGUGAACAACCUGGCCAUGGUCAUGGCCCCCAACUGUCUGCGCUGCCAGUCCGACGACCCCAGGGUGAUUUUCGAGAACACCCGCAAGGAGAUGUCCUUCAUCCGCGUGCUCAUCCAGCGGCUGGACACCAGCUUCAUGGACGGAAUCCUAUAGCCCCCCCUCACACACGCACACACACACCGUCCAUACUUACGCCUCCACUACGCUCCCUUUAACCCCCUCCAUGACACUCCCCCAGCACAGGAAUACAUACACACACCUUGCCUCUCCAACAUGUUUACUUUUCAGGAACUAACAAAACUGCCUUGUUUGGAGUUUCACCACAGGACAUUUAGAGUUGGACCAGCUGUUAUCUCUUUCUAUUGCUGCCAAUGUAGGUCUUUAAUUGACAUUUACAUACACCAGUAUUGGAGUUCCAAGGUUUUCAUAUGCUUACAGUACUGUGUGUGCCUUCACAUGCAUUAAUACAGUGUACACGUACAGAAUGAAGGACAUCGCAGGGAUCUCAUCAUUUCAUUGUGUUUGUUGUCAACGGCACACUCAGAGUUCAGGACCUGAAGGGUCAUUUGAAAUCCAGCUUCUUUGUUUUUUAUGAACUGCUUGUACUCUUGGUUUUCCUGUGCUUCAACACACAUGCAUUGGCACAAAGACAGCGACACAAGAACAUCAGCUCAUGCAAACACAUUGGAGGUCUUGCCCCCUCCGGCGAUUCCACCUUAACACACCAUCGCAACGCCAGCGAGAUUUGUGAUCUGUUCAUUUAAACAUGUAUUACGCACACGUUCCACCACAGGUGUUGAAAGUACACGUACACAGGCCAAGCCAUGCAUUCAGAGGGUUGGGCUCCAGAUUUUCACAAGAUGUAAAGCCUUGUUAAAAGCCUUGUCUGAGCGUCUCAGAUACCAGGCGUCUCCAUGUUUUACGCUGCCACAACUUAGUAGAUGAGGUCCUGCCUGAGGACGGCAAUCUUUGUGCUGUCUCAAUGAGGACAGGAUGCUGCCUGUUACAACGAGGUGUAGCUGUGAAAUAAGACCGCAAUAAAGGGAAACCAAAUUAAUCUUAAAAUUAAGGCGUUCAAUCAAUGAUAACCAAUUGAUUGAUUUUCUUAUACCCACAGACUUUAAGAGGGAUUGUUUCAUACAUGUAAUAAAACCAUCCCUAGCUUCAGUAAAGCUAGGAAGCUCAUUGGCUCCCAACAGGAGGAAGUCCAUUUAAGAAUUCAUCUAAAAUUGGUAAUCCAUGACAUUCAUUUUCUGAGACUAUUCUCUAUGUUCCUUAUUAUUAUUUAGUGUUUACUGUAAAUUGGGAUAUAAAUAUAAUAGCGAAUUAUUCGACACACAUUGUUCCUCUAAUCACUGCCAUUAUACUCUCACACCUAUAUACCACAGUGACAUAGGAAUUAGAUUGUACGGGGUAAUACACAGGUCCUUGGUCGACCCUGUUCAUAGACGUAUUCUCCAUAAUAUUAGUGAAUAAGACCGAUGAAGAAUUUCGAGACAGCUAUAAACUACUUAAACCUCUUAUCAUAUUAAGCAUUAUUAUGAGCAGCAAGUGGGAAAAUAAAAACACUUGUUUUCUGCCAAGUGAAGCAAAUGCUGAGCCAAGUUAAAAGCUUAAAACGGCUUACUCUCUAUUGACCACCAGGGGGCGACUCCUCUGGUCCUAUAGAAGUCUACAAGAAAAUGGUUUUACUUCUCUCCUGAUUUAUCCUCUCAGUAAACAUGAGUUUUUUCAGCACACCGAGUGUUGAGUACUGUUCAGAAUAGUAACUGCUUUUGCUAUAUAUAACCGUGUAAUCUUCAACAUUGGGUCAUCUUGAGGAAAUCUGGUCCUGUCCCCCAUGAAGCAAAAAAAAAACACGAGGCCCGACGCUUUACGUUCACAUACAGCACAGCAUGCUCAUACUUUCUGGGAGGGAUUCGAAAAGUGCCAGAAAAGAACCCCAGGAGAGCCCGCCUGACCCCAGAGUCCAGCACCCCCACCGAAUCCCAACAGGCCUUCCUGCUCACUAAUGGUUUGUGAAUGUGUCUACCCGCUUGUCCAUCUGUCUGUCAGUCAUCAUUUACAAAACGUACCUGUCUCUUUGCAUCCAUUCAGUC